AUGUUUGGUGGUGGUGAAAGAGGUUGUGAUGAUGAAGGUGGAGUUGGUGGUUGUGGUAGUGGUGGUGGUGGGGAUGGCAGUUGUGGAGGUGGAGGUGGUGGUGGUGAUGGUGGUGGUAGUGUUGGUUGUGGAGGUGGUGGACGAGGUGGGGGUGGUGGAAGAGGUGGUAGUUAUGGUAGUGGUGGUGGUGGAGAUGGAUGUGGAAGUGGAGGUGCUGUCAUUUUUUUAAUAUAA